ACGAGAUUGACAACUAAAUGCUUUCAAUGUAAGAUACUUAAAUUCUCACCUCUUUCUUUCUUCUCCUUAUUAUUACAUUUUUCCGUUCCCAAAUGCUUCAUUUCCCUCUACAUUUCUUUCAAAUGGAAACUACGAAGUCACCUUCCAAAUCCGACCGACGUCGUUUUGUUCUCUCUUCAGUCUUCUUCAUUUUUUUCCUCUGCGUUUUAGCCUCCAUUAACGAAGCUCGUUUCGACGCCCUUUUGAAAUUCGGUCGAUGCUCAGUCGCCGCCGGUACUGUUUCUUCUUCUUCUUCGUUUAAUUCCUCUGUUUCCAACGACACCGAUAUCCGUAUUCUCAUCGGCAUUCUCACUCUUCCCGAUCAAUACAACCGUCGUCACUUCCUCCGCCUAAUUUACGGCACUCAAUCCUUUUCCGGCGCUAAAAUCGAUGUGAAAUUCGUCUUCUGCAAUUUAACAAAAGAAGAUCAGAAAAUUCUCGUCGCCUUGGAAAUUAUGCGGUACGAUGACAUUAUAAUCCUCAAUUGCAAAGAGAAUAUGAACAAAGGCAAAACCUACACAUACUUCUCCAGUCUACCGGAAAUCUUCAACAACAGCGACGGCAACGGCGGAAGCGGAAGCGGACCUCAUCCGCCGUAUCACUACGUGAUGAAAGCCGAUGACGACACUUACAUCAGACUCAACAGCUUGGUAGAAUCUCUCCGACCACUUCCGAGAGAAGAUCUGUACUACGGAUAUGUAAUUCCUUGUCCGAGUAUGGAUCCGUUUGUUCAUUACAUGUCGGGAAUGGGAUAUUUGAUAUCAUGGGAUUUGGCGGAGUGGAUCAGAGAAUCGGAGAUCCCUAAGAAGCAUUUGGAAGGGCCUGAGGACAAAGUAUUUGGGGAAUGGAUCAGAGACGGCCGCCGUGCGAAGAAUCGGUUCAAUGCGAAGUGGUCGAUGUACAAUUACCCGGAGCCGUGGACGGGAUGUACUCAUGAGCUCUGGCCGGAGACCAUCGCCGUCCAUCUGUUGAAGAAUCAGGAGAAAUGGAUUCGUACAUUGACGUAUUUCAAUGUCACUGCGAAUUUGAAGCAAUCGAAGCUAUACCAUAUUCCAUAGGUGAAUUUCAUAUCAAAAUAACUUUCGUUUCAAUUUUUGGUUAAUUCUUUUCUAAUUAUACACAACAAGAUUCUUCCGCGACUUGUGGUUUGAUGGAUCAAUGUAUACAAUAUUUUGAUUACAAUAAUUGAACCAUUUUAUUUCAGAUUAUCUAA